UUUUGUUACAAGAAAUAAUGUGUUUUUUGUCAACAGAAAUUUUGACUACUGAUCCUAAUGUGCAGAAGAUCAUUGUUGACAAGCAUAAUGCUGUGAGAGGAUCGGUGAUUCCAACUGCAACAAACAUGAUAAAAAUAGGGUGGAGUACAGAGGCAGCUGCCAAUGCUGAACAGUGGGCCAAAACCUGCUCGAUGAAUCAUAGUCCCCCAAAAGAAAGAACAAUCAGUAAGGGCAGCUGUGGAGAAAAUUUGUUCAUGUCUUCAAAUGCAGUACCAUGGGAUAGUGCAAUUCAGAAAUGGGAAGAUGAAAAAAAAGAUUAUGUGUUUGGAAAAGACCCACAAAAUGGUAAAGUUGUUGGGCAUUACACUCAGCUGGUAUGGGCAAGUUCCAAUCAGGUUGGCUGUGCUGUUACUUACUGCCCCAAAUCCCCAUAUAAAUAUUUUUAUGUCUGCCAAUACUGUCCUCCAGGAAAUUAUAAAAAUACCAACCCAUAUACACCCGGUGACCCAUGCAGUUCUUGCCCAAAAUCAUGUGAAAAAAAUCUCUGCACUCAUCUUUGAGUCUGCCAAGAGAAACGUGCUUCCUAAAAUCCUAUAACCAAUCUAAAGCAACAGAAGUCUUCUUAUUUCAAUACAAUUAAGAUAAUCAAAGCAGAUGCCUUAUGUAACAACCUCUACAAUUUCUUAUUAUAUAAUGUUGACUUUUUAAGACUUUAAAUCAGAAAUAAAAACAUGACUUAACAACAUGGAAAUUUAAAUUCACAUUUGCAUUUAAAAUCCUGCUUUUUUAAUCAAUAAAAGCCUUAGCAGAGACAUCAUGGCUACUCCUUUGUUUUUCUGUAGCUAAACACAUUUCUGUCUGUGUAUUUCUUCAUACUAGUGGAAACAGGUUGAAGAAGGCUUGAUGCUCUGUUAUGUGCACUCCACCACUGGCUCUUUGUGUGCUAUGAACCAGACUGGCUCCUGCUCCUUCUUUCAUAGAUUUUAGCUGAUUUAAAGUACUUUGCUUGCUUGCUACCAACAGGCAAACUACCUGACUUAAGCCAAGAUGACAAACAGUAAGAUAAGUCAAAUAUAUGUAAAAUGAAUAAUAAAUGCCUGAAAACAAUGGAAAAAUAAUCUUUUAAAAUGACAAUUACGGGUUGAUUCUUCAGUUGUUUCCAAAAAUUGAAAGGAAACAGCUUUCUGCAGCAAUGAGUUAACAAACAAAACAUUUAAGAUAAAUUUCACUUACUUUGACUUGAUGAGGAGCCCUUAACUAAAGUACUGUAAUGCCUUAUUUUAUAUUUUAGCAUUUUUAAAUUUCCCAAGCAUGUUCUAUUAAUCACAAAUAUUAAAAAAUUGAUAUUCCAGUUUUUUAAAAUGCUGCUGGAGCUACAAUACCUUCUGUUUGCUUUCAUUUACUUGUACCCAUUGAUUAAAAUUCCACAGUCGACCAUAGCUCAACUAAGUACAUAUUGAGUACUGAUUGUAGAGUUUUGAUUUUCAUGACAUUCCUGUCCUGUUCUGGACAUCUCCUUGCGCUGCACUGGACAACCUAUAUGUUAUCAUACAUGGUGAACUUCAGGCAAUCUUGCCCCAGAGUUGUAUGUGUACAUGUAGAGUGGACUCUACAAGAAAUAUCAAACACGGGUCACAACAUAAGGACAGAAGUUUGUUCAAUUUCUAUUUUAUAGGGUUCAUUUUUUACCCUUUUGUUUUUAUUUAGUGCACACAAAUGUGUUGUUUGCUUCUUUACUUGAAUUUAUUUUUGAUGCUACUACUACAUAUGUUCUGUGUGUUGCUUUGACAUUUAGUGGUGUUUAAAUUAAAGUUACAUGAGAUUG